UCCUCAAGGUACACCCACCAUGGCCUCGUAUAACGCAGUGCAAACAUUCGGCAAGAAGAAGACCGCGACCGCUGUCGCUCACGCUCGUGAAGGCAAGGGCCUCAUCAAAAUCAACGGUUCCCCAAUCAGCCUCCUACAGCCCGAAAUUCUGCGCUUCAAGGUGUAUGAAGCGGUUCUCGUGCUCGGUGAAGAGACUUUCUCGCCAAUCGACAUCCGUGUGCGCGUAAAGGGUGGUGGUCACGUUUCGCAAAUAUACGCUAUUCGUCAGGCUAUCGCAAAGGCCGUCAUUGCGUACUACGCCAAGUAUUUCGACGCCGCUAGUGCUUUCGAACUAAAAAAGAAGCUCGUUGCAUACGACCGAACACUCUUAAUUGCAGACCCGCGUCGGAUGGAGCCCAAGAAGUUCGGUGGACAGGGUGCUCGUGCUCGCAGACAAAAGAGUUACCGUUAAGUGGCGGGUGGAUGUCUGUGCUCUUUAUUUCUGCUGUAUGGCGUACAUGUAUCAUCCAUGCGUCGUGGUCUUAUCGUGCCAAAAACAAUGCAUACAUGGCUUUGACAUGAAAAUUGAG